CCGAUGAACUUAUUAGCCAUUAGUGUAAUCUGUAGGGACCAUAAUGAAGGUAAACUAAUUGGUCUGAGAUGGUGGUAGAUGGUUUUGCAGGUUAUAGAUGUUUGCAGAAACUGAAAAUGUUGAAGAAAUUUUUGAAAGGGUGGAAUAAGGACGUGUUUGGGGAUAUAGAAGCUAAAUUUCAAGCUGCUGCUGAUAAGGUUGCUCGGAUUGAUAUGAAGAAUGAAGAGGCUGUUUUAGAAGUGGAAGAGUUGGCUGAAAGACAGGAAGGAUUUCAUGAUAUGUGGGAUAUUAUGAAGAAAAGGGAAAGUAUAUGGAAGCAGAAAUCAAGAUGUAGCUGGGCUAAAUUGGGGGAUGCUAAUACGAGGUUCUUCCACAAAGUUGCAAAUGGUAGAAAGGUUUUUAAUAACAUUAAUGGCUUCUCGUGUGAAGGCAAGUGGGUGGAGGAGCCAAAGGAGGUGAAGAAAGAGGUUGUCAGGUACUUUAGUACCAUGUUUGAAGGAGAAUCAUGGCAACGUCCCAAGCCUGUUGGCAUCAAUUUUAGACAAAUCUCGGAAGAGAUGAAAGACGAGUUAGAAAGGCCAUUUUCUGAAGAGGAGAUUGAGGAAGGUUUGAAGAGCUGUGAGGGAACUAAAGCACCAGGGCCGGAUGGAUUCAAUUUUAGCUUUCUCAAAUUUGCGUGGAACUGCUUGAAGGAAGAUUUUAUGAGUUUUUUUGCGGAAUUUCACCAAAAUGGCAGGUUAGUAAGAGGAUUAAAUUCUUCUUUUAUAACCUUAAUUCCUAAGAAGUUGAAUCCUUUAGAAUUAAAGGAUUUUAGACCUAUUAGUUUGAUUGGAUGUCUGUAUAAGUUAUUGGCAAAGGUGCUGGCUAAUAGGCUAAAGGGUGUAAUGUCGGGAAUAAUUAGUGACACUCAGUCUACUUUUCUGGGGGGUCGUCAGUUGGUUGAUAGUGUUCUAGUUCUAAAUGAGGUGAUUGAUGAGGUUAAGUUGAAGAAACAAAAGGCCUUCGUUUUUAAAGCUGAUUUUGAAAAGGCCUACGAUUGUGUAGAUUGGGCAUACUUGGAUUGGAUGUUCUGCAAGAUGGGCUUUGGAAUGAAAUGGCGUGGAUGGAUUAGAGAAUGUCUUUCAACAGCAAGGAUUUCGGUAUUAGUGAAUGGAAGUCCCACGAAGGAGUUUGUAAUGGGAAAAGGCUUAAGACAAGGUGACCCGUUAUCACCAUUUCUGUUUCUAAUAGUUGCUGAGGGGUUGAAUGGAUUAGUUAAGAGAGCAGAAAAUGAAGGAAUGUUACGUGGCAUAGCAGUGGGUAAUAAGGGGUUAACUGUGUCUUUGCUUCAAUUUGCGGAUGAUACGGUGUUUUUGGGUAAUGCGGACAGUGAGAAUAUAUUUGCGGUUAAGACCAUUUUAAGAUGUUUCGAGUUGAUGUCUGGAUUACGGAUUAAUUUUUGCAAGAGUAGUGUGGUCGGGUUUAACGUGUCAGAAAGGUGGAUUAGAGGGGUAGCAAGCGUUUUACAUUGUGGUGUUGGGGAAACUUCCUUCAUGUACUUGGGGUUGCCGGUUGGUAGAAAGAUAAGGUGUACGAAGAUGUGGGAACCUGUUCUGAAAAAAUUUCGAGCCAAGCUUGCCAUCUGGAAGUCUAAUUCGCUGUCCUCUGGUGGCCGCAUCACUCUACUCAACUCGGUACUCUCUGCUAUCCCUAUCUUUUAUAUGUCGUUAUUUUUAAUGCCGAAUUGUGUGGCUUCGGAGUUGAUUAGUAUUCAACGGGCUUUCUUGUGGGGUGGGGUGGAGUUAAAGAAGCGAAUUCCAUGGGUUAAAUGGGAGCACAUUUGUUUUAGUAAGAGGCAGGGAGGUCUAGGUGUGAUAGAUUUGUGUAGGAAAAACUGGGCUUUAUUAGGGAAAUGGUGGUUCAGAUUAGGGGAUGGAGUAGAAGGUUUGUGGAAGAAGGUGGUGAGGGAGAAAUAUUAUGGGGGCAGGGAAGAAGUAGACAUUAAGGCAUUGGAGAGUGUGAGGGUGUCUGGGAUUUGGAGAGAUAUUCUCAGUGUAGGACAACGAUCUGUAAGAUUACACGACUUGUUGGUCAAGGGGUUCAAAUGGGUGGUAGGGGAUGGGUAUCGAGUGGGGUUCUGGAGGUCGGUUUGGGUGGGGGAGAAAUCUUUAAGGGAAUUGUGUCCUCGAAUGUUUGAGUUGGCUGUCAAUAAGGAGGGAUUAGUUAGUGAGAUGGGAGUGUGGGAGGAGGGUAGUUGGAGAUGGAAUAUAAUUUGGAGGAGAGGGAGGUUUGGAAGAGAAAAGGAUGAGGAAUUGAUGUUGUGGGAGGUGUUGAGUAGAGUUUGCAUCAAGGUAGCGGUUGAAGAUCGUUGGCAGUGGAGGCAUGCUUCAGAUGGGAAGUAUGUGGUGAAACAAGCUUAUGAGUUUUUAGAAUCGACGGAUGCUAUUCUUAAUGACUGGUUGUGUAAGUUAAUUUGUUGUCGAUUAGUACCGUCUAAAGUAAAUUUUUUUGGGUGGAGAUUAUGCCUUCAGAGACUUCCAACAAAAUGGAAUUUGCAAAAGAGAGGUGUGGAGUUAGAGGGGGGCUUAAUGUGUGGGCUGUGUAAGGAGGAGGUGGAAGAUACUAAUCAUGUGUUUUGUACAUGUAAAGAAGUAUGGUUAAUUUGGGUUAAGGUGUUGUCUUGGUGGGGUAUUGAGGUGGUGUUGCCGUCUAUUGUGGAGGGGGUAGCAGAAUUUUUCCUAUAUGGGUUGGGUAAGGUGGUAGGGAAGGAAUUGGGAGCAAGUAUUUUUCUUGUUACAUCAUGGUAUAUAUGGUAUUGGAGGAAUUGUACAGUGUUCAAGGGAGAUGUGGUUCUUAAGGAGGGGUUGUUGGAUAUGAUACAGGAAAAGACGUUUUUAUGGGUGAAGAAUAAAGUGCAGGGAUGUGUAUUUUCUGUUUGGGAUUGGAAGUUAAAUCCAAAUGAGUGCGCUGUAGCUAUGAGAAAUCAUAAGAGGAUGCAGAAGGAGUUCCAUUAGCAUCAAAAAGGACGGGUAUAAAUGUAGAAGUAGCAAGAUGUUCUCUUUACUAGUAUUUUGUUUCCAUUUUGGUUAUAAUUUAUUUUUGUAAUUGGGUUAGAGUACCCCUUGUACUCUUGCAUAAUAAAGUUGAAUUUUGCUG